AUGAAGCCCAAGAAGCCACUCGAGCUAGAUGGGCGCACGGGCGAAGGCGGUGGUCAACUUGUCCGAAUUUCUUGUGCCCUCGCGGCCGUGACAUCGCAGCCCAUCAGGAUCACUCACGUCCGUGGGAAUCGGGAGGGACCGCGGGGCGGGGGUCUCAAGGCACAGCACGUUACUUCCCUCGCCUGGCUGGCCGCCGCAACCUCGGCCACGGUCACAGGCCUGGCCGUUGGGAGCCAUACACUAGAAUUCCGGCCGGCGCUGCCGCCCACGGCACUGAAAGAGCGCCGCAUCAGCAUCGAGGCCGAGUCGGCCGCAGCCAGCACACUGCUGAUUCUGCAGGCCAUCCUGCCGUACCUGCUGUUCGCAGCAGGCCCAGAGGGCGACGGCGACGGUGACGGCGACAACAAGGCCAUCGAGCUCGAGAUCCGCGGCGGCACCAACGUCGCCUUUUCACUCAGCUGGGAGUACCUGGACCAGGUGCUGCUGCCGACGCUGGCGGCGCGCUUCGGGGUGCGCGUCGAGCGGAAGCUGCUGGGCCGGGGCUGGAGCGUCGGACCCUCGAAGAAGGGCGCCGUGUGGUUCCGGAUCCACCCGCUCCGGGCCGGGGAGAAGCUGCGACUCGCGCGAAGCGACUGGGACGCGCCGAGGACGGACGAGGACUUCGCGCUCGAGAGGAUCGACGCGAGUAUUUUGGCCCCGGCCGGGAUGCACGGCGCCCUACAGCAGGAGCUAGCCAAGGACUUGGACGUGUUGUUCCCGGACGUGGACGUCCGGUUCGUGGUGACGGAGGACAGCGGUCACGACGCCCGGGUCUACAUCCUCCUUGUGGCUCACUCCAAGACCGGGCUCCGCUGGGGGCGGGACUGGUUGUACGACCGUAACCGGAAGAAGAAGACGCCGGAGAUGGUGAGCCGCGAGAUGUCCCGUAAGGUGGGCAAGGAACUGUACGAGGAAGUAUCGCUGCGCGGGGUGGUGGACGAGUACUUGCAGGACCAGCUGGUUGUGUUCCAGGCGCUGGCCGAGGGCAGGACCAGCUUCGCACGGCCUACAGCGCCUAUCGAUGAGGACAUCGGCGGACUGGAGUCGGCCGUGGACCAGCUGGACAUUCAGGGGCAGAGACGAAUGAGGAAGGACAAGACACACGAGCCGUUUGGAGAGGGGAGCACACACACUACGACAGCACGCUGGGUUGCUGCCGAGCUGCUUCCGCAGGCGACGUGGUUUAAUAAAGGCAGUAUAUGUGAGGGCGCUGGCGUUGCGUUGAGGUGA